AGUGGAGCAUAAUAUCAACAUGGAGAUAAUUGUUACAAUUGUUAUAAUUGUUCUGCUUGUUUUAUUAAUUGUUUGGCUACAUUAUCGAUUAACCUACUGGUCUCGGCAAGGAAUUCCUAAUGCAAUUAAUACAAUUUACAAUCGAUUAUCAAAACCAGUUCACUUUGCUGAUUUAGACGCUUACAAUAAACAUGGACGUAUAAUCGGGGUUUAUGAUGGUUUUCGUCCGUGUUUAAUGAUUGGUGAUCCCGAACUGAUUAAGAAAGUUCUAGUUACUGAAUUUGAUAAUUUCAAAAAUCAUCGAAAGUUUUAUCAUGAGAAGCAAAUUGCUGGACGUAGUUUACUCUCACUCGAGAAUGACCAAUGGAAACGGACACGGAAAUUAAUGUCACCACUUUUUGCUUCGAAUAAUUUGAGAAAAAUGAAACCUUUAAUUGAAGAUUGCAGCUCGAUGUUAGUUGACAAUUUAAAUAAACGAUUAGAAACUAAUCAAAUUGUCGAUAUGAAAUAUUUGUUUGGAACCUUUUCCUUGGACGUGUUGGCAUCAACAGUAUUCGGGAUUCGUAAUCUCGACUCAUUCAAUUCCCAAACCGAUGAAAUGGUUUUAAUUGUUGGUCAAUUCCUUGGUCAACAUCUUUCAAUUAAAUCACUGAUUCUCCUCUGGUUUCCGAACUUGAUUAAAUUAUUCAAUGGUUACGUGUUCGAUUAUAAAAUAUUGAAUUAUUUGAAUUCUCUGGUGCAAAAAAUGCUCCAUCGUAUAAGAACAAUUAAAGCGAAAACACGUUUACCAUCAGCUGAUCAUCAAUCUCAACAAUCAACAACAAUUAAGGAUUUUCUAACUCUCUUGGAUGAGUCUCAUAUCCAAUUAACAGAUAAACAGUUGGACAAUCAAAUAAGAGAGAGAAUCAUAAUUGACAAUGGGAUUUUAUUUAUAAUCGCUGGUUAUGAUACUACAUCAACCUCAUUAAGUUCAAUUAUCUAUUGUUUAUCAUUAUUUCCUGAUCAUCAGCAGUUAAUUGUUGAUGAAAUUGAAUCACUGCGUCGACAAUUAAAUCGCAAUGAAUUAACUCUGGAAGAGAUUAAUUCACUCGACUAUUUGAAUGGCUGCAUAUUGGAGGCUUUGAGAUGUUUUCCACCAGUUUCCAGAAUCGAGAGACGAGUUAAUCGUAAUUGUACUUUGGGCACAAUUAAAUUGCUCAAGGAUAGUUUGGUUAUCAUCCCUUGUUACGCAAUUAAUCAUGAUCCUGAGUUUUAUCCUAAUCCAUCAAUUUAUGAUCCAACUCGAUUUAUCAACAAAAAUGGUAACAAUCAACAAUCAAAUUUAAUUGCUGAUACAAAUAUAUUUUUACCGUUUGCUGCUGGACCAAGAAAUUGUAUUGGAAUGAGAUUUGCUUUGGUUGAGAUUAAAAUUUGUCUAAUUUAUUUAUUAACCAAAUAUCAAUUUAGACCCACAUUUGAUACCAAGAUUCCCCUGGACUAUUUCACUGGAAUGCCUGUUUCAGCCCCUAAGGAAGUCAAAGUCAUGGUAACUCUGAGAAGAUGAAUCAAUUAACAUCACUUGAUUGUUAAUUGUUUGCUUCGUAAUUUAAAUCUCAAUCAAUUUGCUUGAUUAUCCAAUAGAAGAUUGAACUUAUCAAAUAAAACAAAGUGUUAAAUUGA